GGACUGGCAAUAGUGCCAUCUCGAAGCGCAGCUGCGCAUUAACAGUUUGCAGCAGUACGAAGUAUGCGUGCUCGGAAUCCCGGGAUUCGGCGGCCGAGGCAGAUCGCACCAUCUCCUGAGAGGGAAUCGCAAAUCAUGAAACGAACUUGACGAGAGGCCAAGUCAAGACAGCGGAUGACUCACAGCUCGAUCCAUCUAUCGCACUUGACACCACUCAGAGAAUGCGCCACAAAUCUUCUCGUGAGACACUCACAGCCCAUGUCAAACAGCCAGACUCGGCCAAGAGAGAGAGACCGGAGAAGCCCAACAUAGUAUUGAUCAUGGCCGAUAAUCUAGGCUGGGGCGAGCUAGGCUGCUACGGCGGUGGAGCUCUACGCGGGGCGCCUACCCCCAGGAUCGACGCCCUCGCCAAAGAAGGUCUUCUUCUCCAAAACUAUAAUGUCGAAAGCGACUGCGUACCCACAAGGUCGGCUCUGAUGACAGGCCGCCACCCCAUCCGGACUGGCUGCACCCAAAGCGUCCCCGCCGGCCUGCCGCAAGGCCUCGACCCCAGCGAGAUCACGCUCGCCGAGCUGCUGAAAGGACAAGGGUACAGGACGGCGCAUUAUGGUAAAUGGCAUCUCGGUGAUGUGCCUGGGCGGUUCCCAAGUGAUAGGGGGUUCGAACAUUGGAAAGGGAUACCCCGAACUUCUGACGAAACGAUGUUUAUGGACAGUCAGGGGUUCGAUCCCAGCAGCGUGGAGCUUCCAUACAUCAUGGAAGGCUUUGAAGGCGAGCCGUCGAGAAACGUCCUGCUCUACGAUAUCCCCGCAAGAAAGACAAUCGACAGUGACCUCGUCGACCUCUCAAUCGAGUUUAUAAACACCCACGCUCAUGCUAAACAACCCUUCUUUCUCUACCUUCCGCUCAUCCAUCUCCACUUUCCUACCCUACCUCAUCCAGAUUUUCAAGGCCGGACAGGGAAUGGAAACUUUGCAGAUUCCAUCGUAGAACUCGACUAUCGCGUGGGGCAGGUGUACGACUGUGUGAAAGAAGCUGGUAUCGAAGAUGAUACAGUAUUCAUAUUCUGUUCCGACAAUGGCCCAGAAUUUCGCAUCCCGUAUCGGGGUACAGCCGGGCCCUGGACAGGGACAUAUCACACAGCAAUGGAAGGUUCCCUCCGCGUUCCCUUCAUCCUCCGCUGGCCCGGGCGCGUACCCGCCGGUGUGGUGAGUAACGAGAUCGUCCAUUGUGUUGAUAUAUUCACUACCUUGGCGCAUAUCGGCGGGGCAACGCUCCCGGACGAUAGGCUUUAUGAUGGAGUCGACCAACUCGCCUUUUUCACUCAAAAACAAGCCUGCUCGAAUCGAGAAGGAUUCUUAUUCUACAUUAAAUCUGAGCUCCGCGCCAUCAAAUGGCGCCACUACAAACUCCACUUCUACAAUCAACCUCAAGUCGACUCUCUUCUCUCCCCCGGCAAACUGGAGUCGCCACUGAUCUUCAACCUCAUCACCGACCCGAAGGAGGAGGUCGACGUGGCGACGGAACAACAUUGGAUGGUGGGUGCAAUGAUGCGGAUGAAAGAGGCGUUUUGGGAGAGACCUGGGGCGAAAGCGCCGCCGCCUAGAAUGCAGCCUUUGCCGCCUGCGCCGGCGGCGGGGUAUGAGGUUGGGGAACGAUGUAGGGAGUGAAGAGAAUGAUGGGAUUUGGAGAGUUAAAGCUCUAAUGAUUGUUAUACAUGCACACUACACGUGCAGACCUUGGA